AUGGACGACAGCGAGAAGCAAGCCCCAGACCUCGAGAAUGGCACCGCCAACGCACACGAUGGCAGCAGUCGUACUAGCGACGGCACCGCUGUCCAGCCAAACGAGAAAUCACACUACCACGACCCUCCUCUCCGCUACAAGCCCAAGCCCCAGUAUGCCAGCCCCACGGAGCGCCUCCAGCACUUCACCUGGUGUUGGUUUGCCUGCACUAUGUCCACAGGAGCCGUCGCUGUCGUGCUCGCCAACACGCCAUUCCGCUUCUCCGGCCUGGACGUGAUAGCCAAGAUCUUCUUCAUUCUGGAUCUGGUGCUAUUCAUGCUCUUCUGCUGCGCCAUCGCCUACCGUUUCCUUCGCCGGCCUCGAGUCUUUAUUCGCUCCCUGCACCAUCCUAAGGAAGCCCUGUUCUUCGGCUCCUUCUGGGUCAGUGUCGCGUUGAUCCUGAAUCUGACGCAGACCUAUGGCGUGCCGGUGUGUGGACCGUGGUUGGUGAGCGCGCUGCGCGUCCUCUACUGGAUCUACAUCGCGUGCAGCUUGCUCGUGGCAAUUUUCCAGUACGCCACGCUGUUCGUGGCGGAGCGCCUACCCGUGGACAGCGCCAUGCCGGCCUGGGUCAUGCCCGUGUAUUCGUUUCUCGUCGUUGGGCCGCUCGCAGCCAUCAUGGUGCAGACCCAACCAGAGGCCCACCAUCGGCUAUCUAUAUGGGUAUCGGCGGUCAUGGUCCAGGGUCUGGGAUGGACAGUGGCGGUGUUUAUGUAUACCAUUUACUUCUUACGUCUUAUGAGCAGCCAUCUACCCGACCCGAGUACCCGGCCAGGGAUGUUUAUCGGCGUUGGGCCCGUCGGAUACACGAGUGCGGCACUGGUGAGCCUGGGCAAUGUGGCGUCGACUGUGAUUCCGGCGGGCUGGCUGUCGGUCAAUACCGUCGCGGUGGGCGACAUCGUGAAGAUCGUGGCAGUCAUGGCUGGCAUCUUCCUCUGGCUGGUGGCGUUCUGGUUCUUCGCCCUGUCUUCGGUUGCCGUGGCUGCGGGGGCGUUUGGCAAGCAGAAGAUGGGCUUCACACUCAAUUGGUGGGCAUUCAUAUUCCCUAAUGCCGGUAUGACGCUGGCUGCCAUCAACAUUGGGAACGUUUUGCAGAGCGAUGGCGUCAAGGCUGUGACGAGUGCCAUGACGGUUCUGCUAGUUGUGGCUUGGCUAGUGGUUGCUGUCUGCAAUGUCCACGCCGUGGUCAACCGUAUCAUUCUGUGGGAGGGCAAGGACGAAGACGAGGGCAUGCAUUUGGAUUAG